GGACAUCUCGCGCUAUCCCGACCCCGUCCACUCCGUGCGGCGCAAGCUGCGCAUCGACGGCGAGCGCAUGCAGGGCAAGUGGGACCUGGGGGACAUGCAGAUCGAGGGGAAUGAAGGGGGCAUUGUGGGUGGCCACGGGCGGGCGUGAGCGUCGCGUGCGGCGUGCAUCGACGUGCACCACCGCCCACUCGCAUCUGGGCCAGCCACGGCUGACCCCAGAUCCCGACGCACCAUCUGGGCUGGCUGCCCUCAAUGCCUGCCGACGCGCCGAUUGAGGACAUCCGCGCCGCGUACGAGCGCGACGGCGUAGUCCACCUUCGGGGACUCUUGCCUGUUGAAGAGGUUAUGGCUGUGCGGCGCAAGUUCUUCGAGAGCGUGGCCCACACCGGCGUGCUCAAGGAAGGAACAGACCCCGUCGAGGGUAUCUACUCUGGUCUUGACCGCCAGGACCCCUCGCUGGCGCGCGAGCACCGCCUCGAGUCAGACGACCUCCUUCUCAACCACCGCACCCAGGCCAACCAUGAGAAGUACCUGUGCGACUUCGCGGACCACCCACUCAUCAUGGGAAUGGCGGCACGCAUCAAAAGUGGGUGGAAGAAGCCGUUCCGCUUCCGCAUGCAGCUUCUGCGCACCAACAUCCCACACGCGUACCGCUGCGCGACACGCGUGCACUAUGAUCAGAUGUACCUUCGUGGGAUGGAGCCGGACGCGCUCACGGCAUGGGUGCCGAUCGGGGACAUCUCGCCCGUCGGCGGCGGGCUCAUGUAUCUGGAGGACAGCGUCAAGCUCGGCGAGGAGAUUGAGGAUGGCUUCAUCCAGUGGAACAAGGACCUGCCUGACGACGAACAGAUUGAUGCGUUCAACAUCAACAUGCUCCAGGGAGGCGGCCUCACCCGUGACUGCCGCGCGUUCGCGGAGCAGACGCGCCGUCGCUGGCUCAUCGCUGAUUACCGCGCCGGCGAUGUCGUCUUCCAUCACUGCUGCAUGGUACACUGCAGUGCAAACAACGAGGACCCCGACGAGCGGAUCCGCUUCGCGACCGACGUCCGCUUUGCCGACAAGGAGGCCAAGUUCGAAGACCGGUGGUGGUAGACCCACCCAUUUAUACAGUGGUAGAUGGUCGUAGAUUAAUCAGAAGUAUGCUUGAGUCAGUAACGAAUGAAUUUAUUGGCCCAA